GUUAAGUGAACGGGCGCGAACUCACACCGGUAAAAAGUAUCGCAUGUCGUCUGUGUACACAAACAUUGCCCGCGCCCCCGGAGUAACGAGUCGUCCCCAGACAUUUUCAGGCCUAAAAGUUCAGCGCUAUUUCCAAGUGCGUAAGAUUUUUUUUCCUCCGCUCGCUUUCUCCCGCUCUUUCCCCUUCAUCGGUGUCGGUGGCAAUGGCGUUGUUGGAUUCGUGUUGUCGGCUGUUGUUGCUGUUCGUGUCGUGGACAUGGGUAACGGCUACAGACCAAAGCGGAGACCCCCUGUUCUUCAUCACCACACCUGGGGUCAUCAGGCUGGAGACGGAGGAAACAGUGACCAUCACCACCUUCGGUGCCAAGGACGUCUCCAUCUUCAGGGUGUACCUGGAGGACUACCCAGACCGCAAACGAAGGUUUUCCGAGCGCAUUUUGUCGGUGGCGAAGGACGAGGUUGCCAAUGUCAGUGUACUAAUAACUGCUGAUGAUCUUAUUGGAAUUGCCUCCCUGGAGGGCGAGAGUUCCUAUGUGUACCUGGCCGCCGAGGGCCUCGGAUCCGACACGUCGGCAAGGUCAGAGGUCAUCUUGCCCCUGAAUCUCAGUCCUGGCUACAUCUUCAUCCAGACAGAUAAACCCAUCUACACUCCGGACCAAACUGUUUUUAUGCGAGUUAUUGCACUGAACGAGGCCUUCAAACCAGCGAACUGGCCUGUACAGGUGGACAUUCUGAAUCCCAAAGGACUGUCGAUGAGCAGACGACGGUGGGACGGGCGAGACAUAAUGUUUAAGGACAGCUUGCGUAUCCCUGACAACCCGGUGUAUGGAAACUGGACAGUGCAAGCAAAGUUCACAAAUGGGCUGCAAACACUGGCUAAUGUCAGAUUUGAGGUGACAGAAUAUGUUCUUCCCACGUUUGGCGUUACCAUGACUACGUCGGACGACCAUAAGAUCGUCUUACCUGGACACCAGCACUUCAGCACUACUGUCUCGGCCAGGUACGUCUUCGGGAAACCAGUGAAAGGUCACGCCACCCUCACCUUUGGCCUCAUCUGGCACGGCCAUGUGUUCAGUCUGGGCAAGAAGAGGAACAUGGAGCUGAACGACACAGGUCAGGUGGUUGUGACUAUUCCCGUAUCGGAGCUUCGACUUCCGGUGGAGAGCGUGUGGUUCCCGACAGGGGGCAGGCUGCACCUGGAGGCGGCUGUCACGGAGUUCGCCUCGGGAAAAGUCGCGCGAGCUCGCGACACGUCGGUCGUCUUCGCCGAGUCGCUGCACGUCGUCAAGUUCACGCGCUCCAUGCGUCACUUCCGCCCGGGACUAACAUACAGCCUACGCGUUGAUGUAAUCAAAGCCAAUGGGGAAGCCAGCAGUAACCUCCCCUUAACUGUCACGUGCGAAGGAGAGACAGAGGACAAAGAGCAUCUCCUAUCACCUCUGACCUCCCCGAGUGAGAACAACGUUUACUGGACCGACAGUAGCGGCCAUCUCGUCGUCGACUACUUCAUUGCUUCGGACAUCAGUCGUCUUCUUUUCAAAGUUACAGUCCAGGGAGAGAAAAACUUGUCAACAACAGUCCGCUUUGGUGCCCUGCCCUUCAAGUCGCCUUCUGGAACAUUCCUACAGGUGACCGCGGAACCUACGUUGGCUCAUCAGAAAAUGUCACAACUCGGUGCAGGUGAUUACAUUACAGUUACCGCCCAUUACACGUCGUCACGUGACCUGCACGUCAUUAACUUAUUGGUGCUGAGUCGAGGUCACGUGGUGUGGCAGACUCGCACACACAUCUUGGGAGCCAACUCCACCUACUUCUACUUCCCCGUCACACGACACAUGUUGCCCGCCGCCCGCAUCCUCGUCUUCAGCAUCCUGGGUCAAGAGCAAGGGUCAGAGGUCGUUUCCGACUCCGUGUGGGUGGACCUGAAGCAGGACUGUUACGGCGAGGUCAAACUAGGUCUCUCAGAAGACAGCCCUCCUCUCUUCCGACCCGGCGAUGUCUGCGCACUCACCGUCUCCGGACUUCCGCACAUGCGCGUGGGCGUGCUGGCUGUGGACAUGUCUGUCUACCAUCUCAGUCAGAAGACUUUCACGCGGUCUUCUGUGUUUGACGAGUUGCUGAAGCAUGAUCAAGGCUGUGGGUACGGUGGUGGAGACAGCUCUGCUUCUGUCUUCCAGAACGCCGGGUUGGCGGUUAUGACCAAUGCCGGACUAUCCACCAACGGUCGAGCUGGAGGAGGCUGCAGCUCUAAAGCUGUUCGUCGACGGCGUCAAGCCAGCCCCUUGAAUGAUGUGUGCUGUACAGAAGGUUUUAAGAUGGAACUGACCGAUGCCAGACUCUGCUACGCUGCUGCCAAGGAGGUCAAGAGGUUAACCGGACUGAGUGAGUGCGCUCAGUACUUUUUCCGCUGUUGCCUGGACCGGAACCGAACGGACGUCUACAGGAACAGUACACGUGGCAGAAUUCAGGGUAGCAGAGGAGAGCUGAGCAGCUCGCUUGAGGUGUCGUUGGGCUCUGAUGGACAACUUGCAGCAGACGACUUCAUCCCCCUCCGCUCCAACUUCCCAGAGAGCUGGCUGUUUGAUGACUAUACUCUUGGACCGAGCGGUAGACUAGACCUGGAGUUUGCUUUACCACACUCUGUCACUACCUGGGUCUUCCAGGCUCUGGGCGUGUCCAGCGACAGCGGCUUGUGUGUAGCCCCGCCCACUAACCUUACGACCUUUACCACCUUCUUUCUGCAAGUGGACCUCCCCUACUCGGCCGUGCGCCUGGAGCAGCUGGAGGUGCGAGUCACAGUCUACAAUUACCUGCCUCGCCUGCUGGAGGUGGACGUGUGGAUGCAGAGUGUGGAGGGCAUCUGCUACUCGGGGGAGCCCGGGCAGGACUCGGAGAAGCUGCAGAUCAGUGUUCAGCCUCACGACGCCGCGUCUGUGUACUUUCCCAUCGUGCCACUCGAGCUGGGCAAGUUCCCCAUCCGGGUCUUCGCCAAGUCCAGGAAGUCCUGGGCCAAGGACGCUGUGCAGAAGAUCCUCAGAGUGGAGGGAGAGGGUCUGGAAAAAAUUCAUACAGUGUCAGUGUUGCUGGACCCUACAGGAAAACGAUUCUACCGAGAAAAGCGCGACAAUCACACCUUCUCACUGACCAACAAAGUCAUGGCAGACGAACACAAGCAGGAAGUGGAGCUCGACCUCGACCUGCCUUCCGAGGUCAUUCCAGAUACAGAGAGUUGUACCGUUAGUGCCAUGGGAGAUUUGCUAGGUCCCACUGUGAGAGGUGUUGUCGAUGGUGUGGAGGAGAUUCUGCGCAUGCCCACUGGCUGCGGGGAGCAGAACCUCAUCUACCUGGGGCCCAACGUCUACGUCAUGCGAUACCUGAAGGCCACAGGUCGCCUUUCAUCCAACGCCGAGAAAAAAGCCAGAGCCUUCGUCCGGCAAGGGUUGAUGCGUCAGAUGACCUUUAGGAAGGAGGACGGGUCAUUCGGCACGUGGCCGCACGCUCCAUCCAGUACCUGGCUGACGGCGUUUGCGAUGAAGGUGUUGUGCCAGACGAGCCACUUCGUGGAGGUGGACAUCAACGCCACCUGCUCCAGCCUCCAGUGGCUGCGCACGCGCCAGAACACGGACGGCUCGUUUGUUGAGGACGUGUGGGUGACUCACCGUGAGAUGCUGGGCGGGGUCAACGGCGACAUCUCAGUCACAGCCUUCGUCUUGAUUGCCAUGCUGGAGUGUCCGUGUCCUGAUCAGGUGCGAUCCCCGAUGGUUGACAGUGCAGUAAGAUACCUGGAGCAUCACUUGGAGAAGAGGUACAGGCCGCUGACCACAGCCGUUACGGCCUACGCCCUGGCACUAGCAGGCAGCCCUAAGGCCAAAGACUUCAACAACAAGUUACUGGACAUGACGCUCACCACACCACAAGGUCUGAAGUACUGGGGCUUCGCCACGGACGACGACUUCGAGGGCGAGCAGGACAAGCCGUACUGGUAUGUCAAGAAGCCGGGUGCCCUGGCCGUCGAGACGACCGCCUACGCACUGCUCACGCAGCUCACGCUCAAUGACGUCACGGCCAGCAACCCCAUCGUCUCCUGGCUCCUGCAGCAGCGCGAGGAGCACGGCUCCUUCGUCUCCACUCAGGACACAGUGAUUGCCCUGCAGGCCCUGUCAGAGUACAGCAUCAAGUCGUUUUCCGCCGUGUUAGACAUGACAUGUCACCUGCGCUCGGAGGUAGACGAGAAAUUUCAGAAAACCUUUUCCUUGACCCGGGAGGACGCCUUGGUGCUGAAGUCAGUGCCGGAGGUACCAACUGGUGGCAAGCUGCACUUCGAGGCCUCGGGGACAGGUGUUGGUGUGAUGCAUGUGGAUGUCCGCUUUAAUGUUCCGCACGAUGACCAGGUGUGUCGCUUUGAACUGUUUAUUGUCAGCCGCCAGCUGUCCAGCAUGUUGCAGCAAUUCUUCUGGCAGCAAAGACAUCACCAGCGAUGUGAGCCGUGUUCGCUCGACUGCGACGACGACGAGCCUGACGACGCGGAGGUGGAGCAAGUCACCUUCCCCGCCAUCAUUCCUCGGAUCAGAGACAAACUCAGGCUCAACAUCGUGGACGAGGGAGGGCGCCACGACCUGCACGGAACCAACUCGUCGCCAAGGGGAAGCACUCUUCCACCCAAACAACCGAACCACACGAGCGGCAGCGCCAUCUCGCGGGUUGGCUCCUCACCUCUGUCCCGCUCGCGCAUUGGUCGACCCCGUAGGUCCGCCAUGAUUGCCUCCAGUGCACGGGUCCUGUGCAUGGAGGUAUGUGUCAGGUACAAAGGAGUCCGCGAGGCCGGAAUGUCAGUUCUGGACGUCGGCCUAUUCACAGGUUACCAGCCAAUCACAGAAGACCUGGAGAAGCUGAAGGCAAAGGGAAAGAUCGACCAUUACGAGAUAUCGCAGCGGUCUGUCAUCUUCUACCUGAGUGAGAUUUCCCACGUGACCAAACAGUGUGUGAAGUUUCGUGCCAAGCAAAAUCAUGUCGUGGAAAACCUACAGCCAGCGAAAGUUCAAGUUUACGACUAUUACAAUCCUGAUGAACGGUGUUCACGCUUCUACAAGUCCGAGAACGCCAGCGGCAGUCUGGCCAACUUCUGUGAUGACCAGAAGCGCAUCUGCCAGUGUCUGGAGGGUCGGUGUGGAAAUUGCGAAGACACAUGGCAUGAUAAAGACUGGCAGGAGUAUUUCAACUUUGCUUGCAACAAUGCUACCAACGUGUUGACGGUGAAGAUUGUUGACCGGGACCUCGAAAAGCCGGGAUUCGAACGUCUGCUGGGUGUUGUAGACACGACAUUCUAUCAGCCGGGCCGUCAGAAGGUCAACAAGGGCGACAAGGUGGUGCUGCUGAAGAGAAACUCGUGUGUGUGUCCCCUAAUGAAGCCGGACACCCGCUACCUGCUGAUGCUGCACCCGCCCAAGCGCUUCAAAGACGUGGAGGGCAACCAGGUGUAUGUCUUUUUGCUGGACAAGAAGGCGCUAGUCCUCGAGUGGCCUAACCCCGGUGUCAAAGGUCUAAGCCAAGCUUUGCGCCAGCAGGAAAGAAAGGUCAAACGCGUCACGCGCCGCUUAGCGCGCCGGGGAUGUCAAGGCCAAGCCCAAGGGCAAGGGCAAGGUCAAACAGGAAAGAACAAGGAGAAGGUCAAGGGCAAGAGCAAGCCCCGAGAGUUGACGAAGCGUAAAAGAAAAGGGCUGAGGGCCGAGCUACGACGAAAGGGGAGGAGCGGCCGGGAGUGAAGGAGGAGCGAAGAUCUUGUCGCGCCGAUGAAAGGAAUAUGGCCACCGGAAGUCGCUAUUUCCUUUCGGGAGGGGUAAGGGAGGGAUGAACCGGUGCCUUUUGGAAAAAAAAGUAAUAUCCCAUGUGCCAUGGGCUAAAUCUCGCGUGAACAAUAUGUACCACCUGUGUCUCACCUGUGAUCAGGCGUCCCAGUCCUUGUAUUCCUGUCUUUUCUGUGAUCAUCUUUCAUCAGAUUUCUGGGGUUCGUUUUAAGAAAUGUUCUCUACGUCGGGUGAGAGGAUUCAAAAAAGAAACUCAUCUGCAAGCAUGCAGCCCACAUUUGCCACGAGCAGACUGGCUUGUGAUACAAAGAUCCACAGGGUUGGCAGGGUCCCGGGUCUGUGCUAUGGACUCCUGUACUUUGUUGUUAACCCUUACAUGGCAGGACGAUGUGAUUGCUUCUGUCCUUUUAUCUCCUACCGUCUGUCAAGUUUCUUAAUCUUCUUUAAGGUUACACGUCUGAGGUUCUCAGGUCUCAAAUGUCAAAUGAUGCUGUAUAGUUGUUUACACCUGUGAAAUCCCUGUAUUCUUCCUGUGUGCUGCUGUUAGACCGUUGGACCACUGUCAGACCACCAUGUUGUUGCAUUGAUUAAUUAUCCACUAUAAAAGUCCAAUCCAUAUUUUCAACCUUCCCUCAGAGAUUUUUAAGUCAGUCUUGUUGAAAACUUAUCAUGUAGGUCAAGUACCUCCUUCCUUUCUAUCUCUCUGUCUUUCUGUAUCUUUUUAUCUCCCGCCCCCUACUUCCUAUUUUUCUUGAAUGUCAUUGGCCUGUCGCUGUUACACUUAUACGAACUGUGACUAAAAGUACUAAUACAUUUUUUUUUGGAUUGGUUAUUUGUUUACUGUAUAUUUAAAAGACCAGUACAAUAGUUUAAUUUGCAUUGUUUCCACACAUUUUUGUUGUUCUUUGCUAAUACAAUAAAGAGUUAUAUUUUAUCUACA